GUGUGUGUGUGACAGCUGUUGAUAAGUAGAGGGCCUUGGACAGGAAAUCUGCUUAGCCCCUACAGUGUGACCUGGGUGCAACAUCAGAGCUCUUUCAGACUCAAGUGUUGAUGGGAUGACAUGGUGCCCCCUGAAACAUGGGAGACACCGUGGAAAAAAGCCUAGAAGGACCCCUUACUCCUCUGGACGAGGGCCAUUCCAGGAAAAGAGGGGAUCUGGUGGAAAUCUUGAACGGUGAAAAAGUGAAAUUCGAUGACACGGAGCUCUCAAGAAUAAUACAAAAUGGCCUGGAAAACCUUCGACUGGAAAAUUCCCUGACCGAUGUCAUCUUGUGCGUGGACAUUCAGGAAUUCUCCUGCCACCGGGCAGUGCUUGCUGCGGCCAGCAACUAUUUCAGGGCCAUGUUCUGUAAUGACUUAAAGGAGAAAUAUGAGAAGAAAAUCAUCAUCAAAGGCGUGGAUGCAGAAACUAUGAAUAUUCUCUUAGACUAUACGUAUACAAGUAAGGCUCUCAUUACCAAACAAAAUGUCCAGCGGGUCUUGGAAGCUGCCAGCCUCUUCCAGUUCCUUAGGAUGGUAGAUGCCUGUGCCAGCUUUCUCACUGAAGCCCUCAACCCUGAAAACUGUGUUGGAAUCCUGAGACUGGCAGACACACACUCCUUGGACCACUUAAAGAAGCAAGUUCAAGGCUACAUCAUCCAGAAUUUCACCCAAAUCUUGAACUAUGAUGAAUUCCUGGAGCUCCCGGUGGACACCCUCCACCAUACCUUGCAGAGUGACGACCUCUAUGUCACUGAGGAAUCCCAAGUGUUCGAGAUGGUGAUGUGCUGGGUCCGGCACAAACAGUCGGAGAGACUUUGUUUGCUCCCGCGUGUCCUGGAGAACGUCCGAUUGCCUCUUCUGGACCCCUGGUAUUUUGUGGAGACUGUGGAAGCAGACCCGCUCAUCCGACAAAGUCCUGAGGUCUUCUCGCUCUUACAGGAAGCAAGGAUGUAUCAUCUCUCUGGCAAUGAGAUUAUUUCGGAGAGAACCAAGCCCAGGAUGCACGAAUUUCAGUCUGAGGUCUUUAUGAUCAUUGGAGGCUGCACUAAAGAUGAGAAGUUUGUGGCUGAAGUGACCUGCUUGGACCCACUGAGGCGCAGUCGCCUGGAGGUAGCCAAGCUCCCAAUUACUGAGCAGGAACCAGAGAGUGAGAACAAAAAAUGGGUGGAGUUUGCCUGUGUGACCUUAAAAAAUGAAGUCUACAUAUCAGGUGGUAAGGAAACACAACGGGAUGUCUGGAAGUAUAAUUCUUCCAUCAACAAGUGGAUCCAAAUUGAGUAUUUAAAUUUUGGCCGAUGGAGACACAAGAUGGCGGUUCUGGGUGGCAAAGUCUACGUCAUUGGCGGCUUUGAUGGUCUGCAGAGAAUUAAUAAUGUGGAAACAUAUGACCCUUUUCAUAACUGUUGGUCAGAGGCGGCCCCUCUCCUGAUCCACGUGAGCUCCUUUGCCGCUGCCAGCCAUAAAAAGAAGCUGUAUGUGAUUGGGGGAGGACCCAACGGAAAGCUGGCAACGGACAAGACUCAGUGUUACGACGCUUCGGCCAACAAGUGGUGCUUGAAGUCGUCCAUGCCGGUGGAGGCCAAAUGCAUCAAUGCUGUCAGCUUCCGGGACCACAUCUACGUUGUGGGUGGGGCCAUGAAAGCCUUGUAUUCGUACAACCCUCUGGAGGACAGCUGGUGCCUGGUGACCCAGCUCAGCCAGGAGCGGGCCAGCUGCGGGAUCUCCCCCUGUAACAACAGGCUGUACAUUACUGGGGGAAGGGAUGAGAAGAACGAGGUCAUUGCCACCGUGCUGUGCUGGGACACAGAGACUCAGAAACUGACCGAGGAGUGUGUGCUCCCCCGGGGGGUCUCCCACCACGGCAGCGUCACCAUCAGGAAGUCCUACACCCACAUCAGGCUGAUCGUCCCUGGCGCGGUUUCUGUAUGAUGGGCAGAGAGGGAGGAGGGGGCGGGGGUGUGUGUACAACAGGAUUUCCUAUUUAUAUGGUGUUUUAAGGUUUACAAAGCCCUGUGGAGGAUCAUCCACAUUUAAUAGAUGCAAAAGGAGAAGCGAAGGGACCUGAUUCUGAGGACGUGGCCGGUGUCAGAGCUGGAAUUCGAACCCAGGCCUCCUGAGUCGAAGCCCAGCCCUCUAGGGAAAUGGGAUGGUGACCCAAGCACACAUCCCACCUUCUUUAGGGGCAGGCUUGAAUCGAGUUCAAAUCUCUUCCUUGGAAGCAGUGCUGUUUGGUCCGUACCAUUGGAAUCCCUACUGGAUGCCAUCAUGGGCCAAGGGUUUCAAAGUCACUGGUGUCUUUGGUUAAUAAAUGCUUUGGCUCAUUCUUGGCAAAAGAGGUGAAAAAUCCAAAAGGAAGUUUCAGGGAAGAACACAUUUAAGACAUUUGGUUCUCCCAUCUCCUUUUGGAAAACUUCAAGCCAAAAAUCCUAUUUCAUUGUGUGGGUGUGGGUGUGUUUUCUUUGGUUUGGUUUGGUCUGGUUUGGUUUUACUGUAUCAAUGUGUGGGCUUUUGUUUUGUUUUGUUCUGCAAGUGUGACUUAACUUUAUUUAUAGAACUGGGCGCUGAAUCUGAGUGCCUCCCUGUGACAUCAUUAUGAUAUUUGCUAGUGGGAGACACUCCUAGACUGUCCCAAGAACUCCAAGAGGUGUGUGUGUUUUUGCUUGAAUCACCCCCAUUGCAGGAGAACAAUCUGAUUUCUUUUCUGUUGGGCUUUUGGGACCUGCCCCAUGUCUUAAUCAUGAAAGGAAGGAAGAGCGUUAUGGUUUUAUUUCUGUUUUGAAAUCAAACACAGGAGUUGGGGCUGGAGCUGGCCUCCAGGCCCCCAGGCAGGCAGGCCUAACCAAGAUACACUACCUGGGCUCUUUCAUCUUGGCGGUGGUUGGGGAAAAGGUUUGGGAACUACCUGCCUGCUGGGAAAGGAUGACAAUGGGCCUGGUGUUUUCUUCCCAGUCAAAAACCCAUCAUUCUCAUCUCUAUUUUGCGCUAAAUGUACAGGUUGGAACACUUGCCCCAGAUCUGCCAUUUCUUUAUCAUGUUGACUGUGGCACAUCAGUAGAAUGAAAGAAGCAUAAAGCACCUACUCUGUGCUAGAUGUUGGUUUACAAAGACUGAAAUGAAAACAGUCUUUGCCCUCGGAAGUUUAUAUUCUAUUGGAGACAGGGAGAAGGGUGAGAAGGGGAAACGCUAACAGCUAGGAGGUUGGGGACAGUCGGGGAGGGGCAGAAAGUGACAUGUUCUGAGCUUUGAAAGGAUUCCAACAGGUGGAUGUGAGAUCAUAGUGUCCUACAUUUUGAGCUGGAAGGGACCUUGAGACGCUCCCAUUUUACAGAUGAGCAAACCACAAAAGACAGGCAGUAGGGUGGUGCAUAGAUCAGUGCACUUGAAGUCAGGAGGACUUGGGUUCCAAUUCCUGGACUCUGCCUCAGUUUUCUCAUCUGAAAAAUAGUGGGAGGGUUCCACUUAAUGGACUCCCAGGCCCUUCCUAGCUCUAAGUCCAUGAGCCCAUGAACUGAGGCACAGAAAAGUAAGCGAUUUGCCAAGGUUAUGCAGAUGGAAGAAGGAGGAUUUGAAUGCAGGUGUUCUGACUCCAGACCAGCAUUCUUUCCACAAUACCAUGCCACCUUUCAACAAGACCCUUCUAGGCAGGUAAACCAGCCUAAUUAGAGCAACAAGAUACCCUGAGAAAGGGAGAGGAGAGAGCCUGUGCCAAGAAAGUCAAACCACCACCACCAUCUUGACCACCACCUCCCCUCUGAGCCUGAUGAAGAUAGCCCAGGAGCCCCAGCCCCAGAGCCUUGGGAAUGACAAUACUUCCAGCCCACCGCUCUUAGCCACCAUUGUGGGAAGAUAUAACUGGGCAACUGCUCUUGUAGAUAUUACACCCAUAGUCAUAGAUCCCCAGAAGAAAGUUCUUGUCCUUGGCUUUAUCAAAUGGUUCAACAUCAGAGACCGCUAUGAUUUUUAUCAGUGAAGAUGACAUUUAACAAGAGGCAAGACUAUUUGCUUUGCUGCUCCAUCCUAAGGACCAUGGGACCUUCCCACUUGACUUGGCAGCUAAUCCUUCCCCAUGUGUUGUAUUCCCUCAUUAGACUGAGAGCUCCUUGAGAGCAUAAACUGUCUCUCUUCUAUCUAGCAUUUAGCACAGUGCUUUGUACACACUAGGUGCUUUAUAAAGGCCUAAUUCAUUGAUUCAUUCAUUCUAGAAAUGGAGGACAAGCUGGGCUAAGGGAUGGAAGCAGGAGAAGCCCUCAGUUUCAACCUCUGUUACAACUCUGAGAAAAUUCACUUUUAGGGAAUUUGAUCAAUUUCAUUCAUUUUUGGCAGCUGGCUAAUGACUUCAAAGAAAUGGGUACAAAUCCUGGCAGCCUUGACUAUUCUGCUUUGUGGUCGACAGGCCUCUAGAAUGAAAGCCUGAAAUCUCUUCCUUGGAGACAAUGCCUUUUAAUCCACUUCAUUGAAUCCUUGACUAUUCUGGGCCAUUGACUUCAAAUUCUGGGUGUUUUGGCUCAAUUUGUCAAGAGCGAUGAAUAAUUCUAAAGAGAAUUUCGAAGAGCUUUGCUCAUCCCAAGACUUUUCAUCAUGUUGAGGAAGCAACUUGGGUCAGAAAAUUGGGGGUGUCAAAUAAAACAUCCUAUUUUA